GCCAAACCAAAACCAGACGUCUGUGAUCGAAACCACUGUGAAGAGUUCAGUUUCUAUGUUUAUUAUCUAGCUAAUAUCUGAUGGUGAAACGCUGUGCGUGGGGUACCUGUAAUUUUGGACACCAGGUACCCUGAAAGACUGGAUGGAGGAGUAUAUUUCGUACCUUUUCCGAAGCCCAAAAGAAAACUCGAGAAAUGCAAGCGGUGGAUUAUGCUGUGUCGUCAACCACAUCACAACUGAAUGUGAAGACAAUUAUCAAGGACACUUAUGUUUGCUCAAAGCACUUCAGAGAUGGGAAGCCAACUCUGGAAUAUCAGAUCCCAUCCGGGCUCUCGUGUGUGCUGCUCCGAAAAGACACAGACCCUCACCCAAAAGAAGAGAUAGGACAUGAGAGACACAAAUACAACAAUAGCUGUGUAUUUAUUGUUAUGAAAGCAUCCCCAGAAAAACCUGUGAUGACCCCCGUUCCAGCAGAAGUGGAUGCAGGCUUAACAAUUAAUGUCUCGUGCUCUGUGGCCCACACAUGUGCGUCACAUCCUCCAGUUUUCUCAUGGAGUGUCCCCAACAUCACCAGCAAGGUCCAAAGCACCAUGACGACACCGGGUGUGUGGGAGACGACCUCCACAAUAACCUUCAUAGCUGCUGGAGGAGACGGAGUCAUGAGCCUUACCUGUACCGCCGUACUACUGCUUGAAAAAGCAACGAGCCAGCACAGAUCAAGUUCUUGGCCAUUGAUCGCCACAGUGUCAGCUAUAUCCCUGAUUUUAAUCAUCAUAGCUGCAGUGAUUGGAGUCGUCUUCUAUAAGAGAAGAAGGCGUCCCGACAACUCACUGACACCACCGCCUAGCCCUGAGAAAAGGAGAUCUCUAUGGGAUAGAGUAUCCAGGAGAAACCGUGAGAACAGGGAGAGACCUCCCAGGCCGGAAAAACGGGGGUCCAUUUGGAGAAGAUGUUCCCAAAACCAAGGCAACAAGGCGAACCUCAGUGUUGGCUAUUCAAACAACAGCGACUAUGUGAGCUGGAACCACAAACAACGCUGUCCAUCUCCAAAGACGUUGACGAUACGUAUGCCAACUGUUGAGUCCUUCAAGACGUCUAGGAUCUAGGAAGCCGUAUGUUCUUCCAGGACUAUGUCGCUGUUUUUAUUUUAUAUUCAUAAACAUAUUUUGCAGUAUAUAUCUUUUGUGUGUGUUGGGGGCAGGGUUGGUCUUUCACUUUAACUUCAUUUACUUCAUUUAGAGAAAGUGUAUCUGCUGGCAAUUCACUAAAUGUGUACAUUGUGAAGAUAAACUUCUGUUGUUGCAAUGUUGAGGUAGAAUGAAGGAGUCUGGAACGUCG